AGUCCCUCCUCCACAGGAUGAUGACACGAGACCAGGGAUGCUCUGAUCACUCCACGUCACUGUUUCAGGUACACUGCGCAACCAACACUCACCAACACUGAACACCCAGUAGGAUUUAACAAAGGUGAUUCAACAGAAUGGAGUGCAGACAUGAUGUGGAUUUGGAGGAGCCGUGUCCAGUCUGUGGAGAUAAAGUCUCUGGAUAUCACUACGGUCUGCUCACCUGUGAAAGCUGCAAGGGGUUUUUCAAAAGGACGGUUCAGAACAACAAGAAGUACGUCUGUGCAGAGAACCAGGAGUGCAGGAUCGACAAAGCUCAGAGGAAACGCUGUCCGUUCUGUAGGUUUCAGAAGUGUCUUCAUGUCGGCAUGAGGCUGGAAGCUGUUCGAGCAGAUCGGAUGCGAGGUGGCAGAAACACGUUUGGUCCCAUGUACAAGCGAGACCGUGCCCUGAAGCAGCAGAGAAAGGCUCUGAUACAAGCUGGUGGAUUCAGACUGGAGAGCAGCCCCCCUGUGGUCUACUCAGCCCACCCGAGAGACUUCACCUUCGCUGCCGGCCUCCAACCGGACUGCAUCCUGCCCACAGAGCAGAACGACUGCAUCAGCUACCAGCCUCCAUCACUGUGUUCACUUCUGCCCUCCAGCUCCCCUGUUGGCCCCCAGUACCAGAGCGUCUCCUUCUCAAACUGGACUAUCAAGUCCAAGCACACCAACAACUGUGACAGUCCACCAGGCUCUGCUGCAGCAACCUACACCGACUCAGACGAGCUACACUCAAGCUCUCCACAAGGUCCCGGGAUGCCUCGGCUGGUGACGGAGUUCCUGCUCUGUGAUCCAGAUGAGCUGCAACUGCAGAAUAAGAUCAGCGCUCGUAUCCAGCAGGAGCAGACCGGCUGGAGGAGACUCGGGAACCCCGGCACCUUCAGCCUCAUGUGCGUCAUGGCUGACCAGACGCUGCUGUCCAUCGUGGAGUGGGCUCGCACCUCCAUCUUCUUCAAACAACUUAAGCUCUUUGUUUUUUGCACCAAGGUCAGUGAUCAGAUGAAGUUACUGCACAGCUGCUGGAGUGAACUGUUGAUCCUGGACAUCAUAUCCAGACAGGUCCUGUACGGCAGAGUGGGCAGUCUGCUCCUGGUCACUGGGCAGGAGGUGCAGCUGUCAGACAUUGCCUCUCAAGCUGGUCCUACCUUGGCCGGCCUGGUCCAGAGAGGACAGGAGCUGGUUGAGAGGCUCCAUAUCCUAAAGCUGGACCGUCAAGAGUUUGCCUGUAUCAAGUUCCUCAUCCUCUUUAACCCAGAUGUGAAAGACCUUGAGGAGCAUCAGCUGGUGGAGAGUGUGCAGGAGCAGGCUGAGGGAGCCCUGCUGGAGUACACAUCGCGCACCUCCUCUCAGCACCUCGGACGCUUUACUCAUCUGCUGCUGUGUCUGUCCGAGCUGCGCUCUCUCAGCACCCUCGCUGAAGACUACCUGUACUGUCGACACCUCAGCGGCGAGGUGCCCUGCAACAACCUGCUCAUUGAGAUGCUCCACGCCAAGCACAGCUGGCCAUGAACAUUCAAGAGACUCUGUGAUCGGCUGCUCUUGUUAUUAAGCUGUAAAAAUGUUUAACACAAUGAGUUUAUCCCUGAUAUUUUUCUGUGCUUGAAGAAUUAAGUUUAGCAUUAAUAAAUAUAGUACAAUAAUUAAUAUUAUAAAUGGGUACUUGUGUCCACUUAAACUAGUUGCAUCUGAAGUUUUGGCAAAUAUGUUUGUUUGCCGUCAAACAUCCCACCGCAACAUCCCGCCCAACAUCUGAGUUCAGUUCUAUCUCUACGCAUCUUGUACAGCGAUAGACACAGUAAUUGCUGGUGUGUAAGUAUAAAAAGGCUCCAAAAACAGAAUACGUCUGUAUUUCUCAGUGAAAGGAAUGCAGUGUGUGUGUGUUGCUUUCAGCCUAAACCUCAGUGUCCCGUGCACAGUGUCAUUCUUGAUAUUGCCACAAGAUGCCGCCAACAUAAAUAUCUUUUAGAUUCUAGAUGCAGUAAUGCAUUGCAGCUCUAUGUGAGACAAAUAAGGUUUUUUUUUUAAAUGAACCGAUUCUUACUGUAAGUGUUGUGGUCUACAACAGUGAAUGGAAAGUGCGCUUCCUUUUGGGGUUUUUUCUUGACACUGACCAAAUGUGCUUUAAUUAUUAGUGCCAAUGAUAAUGUGCAGUUACUGAAAGUAACCUGUAAAUAAUGGCUUAUAACUGGCCAAAAUUGAAUUAUAAUGGUUCAAGUUGUAUUUCAGUUCAACUUGAAUCAGGACUUUUGGUCACGUGGGGGAAGCAGAAAUAGACUAAGACUUGGUUUCUAAUUGUGUCUGUUUGUUGCAGGACAGAUCGUGUACAGUGUCUUUAGCAGCUGUUUGUUUCUCCUUCAGACUGAACCAAAGCAGUACAAUCGUGGGCUAUAAAACCAAACAGUAAGCUGAAAGAGGCUAAAAACUUAUGUAAGGCUGAGAUGAAACGCAGAGUUGGUGAUAAUUAGAGUUCAAGUCCCAAAGGGCGUCAUUCUUUCUCUUCUGUUGUAGCUUAAAUUCCCAUGAACUGAAAUGAGCUAGAAACAUGAAACUCUUACUACAAAUUCUGUGGAUUUGGACCAAGUUUAUCAGAAGUUGUAUAAACGUUGUUAUUUAGUUUUCAAAAUAUCGACCAAUGAACUUCAUAAGAGGCGGGGCUUACCAGCAAAAUGGACAAAACUCAGUAAUAAUUUGUCCAAUUAUGAUAAAUGUGAGCACGUCUUGCCAAAAACCAAAACUGUGUACCACAAAACCCAGCUGACAGAAUUUCAUCAGUUUAGGUGUGCAUGCUCUGUAGGCAAGAAUUAACCAAAAUCUGAGACAUCAUAUUGAUUGUUGCAAGUGGGUGUGGCCUAUCAUAUAUUUGCUCAUAGCUCAAGAUGCCUUGCAGCAAUUGUAUUAAACUCACUGUGGUCGUCCUGAGAUAUCUCCUGAACGUACACACAGAGUUUCAUUCACAUCUGCUGAGGAGGGAACCGUAUGGUGGAACGUUGAGUGCUCAGUUAUUGAACUGCUGCAGGCUUUGUGAUGACGAAACAAGUGUGAUUGGUCUCAUUCCGCAGAAUUUAACUGAUGCUGCUUCCGUUUUUUUAUCAUAAUAGGCCUCAAACCCAGAAUCGCUUUCUUGUGGCUGUAUUUCUCUGUGGGUUUGUCUGAUCCACUGUUGAUAUAAAAAUACUGAUUAUAUUUGCUUUAUGAAGCUUUAAAGUUAUAAUGUUUUCCAUGUGUUACAUCAUGGCUUGUAUAACCUGUUAUUGUAACUGUGUGAUGCUUGUUUUGAUUGAAAUAUUCACAUCUAAGUCGCUGUGCUUUUUACCGGGGCACCAUUACAUCAUUAAAUCAUAUUACACAGCCGGUGUAUUACGUGGCAUUUCUGAAACCUUUGGAGAAUAGUAUCAUUUCAAAUAAACGUCUAUGGCCUGAAGUAAUGGCACACAACC